UGUGUGUAAUAACGGUUCAAUGCGGCAAUCAAAGUUGGGUGAAAAAUUUAAAAAUGAAAAGUUGAAAGUUCAUGAUUUAGAAGAACAUCUACAAGGAAUAACCAUUAACCAUGAUUCGUUUGGGAUUAACCAAUAGAUCUAUUGCUGUGGCAGUUGCUUCUAGAAGAUCACUUGUCAAUGUCUUCAGAAGAUGUUAUUCAUCUCCUACCGAUUUAGCUGAGAAAUAUAAAGCAAAAUUAGAACAAAGAGCUAAAGAAUUAGGUUUAAAUGAUGUUGAUGAACUUAAAACCAAAUUAAAAGACGAUAUAGCAAAGGCCAAGAAAGCUUUCAAUGCAGUUGAUCCUUUAACUGAAUUAGAAGAAUAUGAAAAGAAAUUGGCUGCUGAAAGGAAAGACUCCAAAGUCAUCAAAGUCAGAUCUCCAAUUGAUGCAAAGGCACCUCAAAGUCCUUAUAAACGUUUGGAAUCAUAUGUUGAUGUGGACAAGAUACGAGACCUUCCUGCUAAGGAAGUUGAAUUGAUCUGGAAAGCAAGAUUCCAAAAUAUAGAAAGAUCUCUUCAUGCUGUAUUGACUGAUUUACAAUUCAGUGAAAUCUACGCUAAUGCCUUUAAGCACCCAAGUUUCAUUUUACCAUUACCAAAAGAAGGAGAAGGUUAUGAAAUGCAUUUUGUUCAAUGGUCAUUCAUCGGUCCAUCGACCACUCAUUGCAUGCUCACUACUGUUGCUGAAUACAAGCUUCAUAAAGAAUAUGCUAAACCUCAUACUACUUUAAUGUUCCAUCAAGAACUCACUGAUAAAGGUAUUGUGUUGAUGAAUGGUCUGUGUGAAGUUGAAAGUUCUUUAUCCAUGGAUGAAGCUCAAUUGUUGGUGUUAAAUGUUCAACGAUUCUACGGUGCUCAAAUGUUAAAGGGGUCUCCUGAGAAGAAAUUGGCUCUUUUAAAGAGUUUUACAGUUGGUGAUGAAUCAUUUAAUAUUGAUGAUCUUGUAAAAGAAGCUACUACUUUUGAAUAAAUAGACUAUUUAAAUACCACU